AUGACUUCAUCCACGAUACAGAUCCCUAGUUAUGAUGAGGAAGUCGACUUUCAGGCGCUGGCAAUGACUGAUCCAGACUUUGCCAAAUUCUACGAUGACGCAAACGGCCAUGUCGACUUCCAGGAUCCAAAGGCACUACAGCAANNACAACUUACGAAGAGUAUAUUGAAAAGAGACUUCAACCUCAAGCUCGAGCUGCCUGAUGACAGAUUGUGUCCUCCGGUGCCGGUCAGGUACAACUAUGUUCGAUGGCUUCAAGACUUGAUGGAUACAACCGGUGAUGAUGCCGAGAAUCAAUCCAAACAGAAAAUCACUGGAUUGGAUAUAAACAUCAAGAGGAACAAUCUGAGCGAAAAAGUUCAGACCAAAUUGAACACUGCAGAAGACGCUUUGAUCUCGCCUCACGCAUUUGGUCUCGAAAAACUAGAUUUCACUAUGUGCAACCCGCCCUUUUACUCAAGCGCUGAAGACCUGGCAGUCUCCAACGCUGGAAAAUCUGGCCCUCCCAGUGCCGUGUGCACUGGUGCGGAAGUCGAGAUGAUUUGUCCAGGAGGCGACGCCGGAUUUGUGCUGCGUAUGAUCGAGGAGAGCAGAGAAUUAAAGGAUGCUGUUAGAUGGUACACGAGCAUGCUUGGAAAGCUCUCUAGUGUGCAUCAAGUCAUCGAUCGGCUGAAGGAGAUUGGUAUCAACAACUGGGCUGUUACGCUGCUUCGAGCAGGGAACAAGACUCGCAGAUGGGCUGAACAGCGAGUUGCCAGAGGCAGUGAUCUCGGCACGCAUAUUCUGCCCUAUCCAACAGCUCAGACGAUCCAUACAAUCGGAUACACCAGACAAGAAGCGGCUGACUUGCUCAACAAAACUCUAGAAGCACUCGAUCUAAAAUGGAUUUGGCAAGCUGAAAGGUGGAUUGGUCAUGGUAUGGCUACCCAGAACGUGUGGUCACGCUCGGCAAGACGUAAGCGCAAGAGAGUGGAGAUGGAACAGGAGGAUCCAGAAGCAAAAGCCCAAUCUGAGGCUCUCAAGAUCGAAGAUCCUGUUGCGGUCUCGCUGAGAUUUAGUAUCGAUGUCAGGGAAGGUGACAUGGAAGUCCACUGGCUGCAAGGCAAGGACAAUAUUCUCUUUGAGAGCUUUUGCGGCAUGCUCAAAAGAUCCAUGAAACAAAAUUCAUAA